GUAGGUGGGGGAGGCCAGACAUGGAGGCCCUUCCUCCAGUCAGAUCCAGCCUUUUGGGGAUUCUGUUGCAGGUUAUGAGGCUCUCAGUGCUGUUGGUUCAGAACUGAGAUCACCUCUAUAAUUUCCUGCUCCUCAAGAUCAACCUCUUCAACCACUGGGUGUCAGGGCUGGCCCAGGAGGCCCGGGGGUCCUGUAACUGGCAGGCCCACCUUCCCCUGGGAGCUGCAGCCUGCCCCCUGGGCCAGGCUCUUCGGGCUGGGCUGGCUCUGAUACAGGUCCCCGUGUGGCUGGUGCUACAGGGACCCAGGCUGAUAUGGGCUGGCAUGUGGGGCAGCACCAGGGGCCUGGGCCUGGCCUUGCUCAGUGCCUGGGAGCAGCUGCGCCUGUCUGUGGCCAUCUGGACAGACCUGUUUUUGUCGUGUCUGCACGGCCUGAUGUUGGUGGCCUUGCUCUUGGUGGUAGUGACCUGGAGGGUGUGUCAGAAGUCCCACUGCUUCCGACUGGGCAGGCAGCUCAGUAAGGCCUUGCAAGUGAACUGCGUGGUGAGGAAGCUCCUGGCACAGCUGAGACGUCUGUAUUGGUGGGUGGAGACUAUGACUGCCCUCACCUCCUGGCACCUGGCCUAUCUCAUCACCUGGACCACCUGCCUGGCCUCCCACCUGCUGCAGGCUGCCUUUGAGCACACGACCCAGCUGGCCGAGGCCCAGGAGGUUGAACCCCAGGAGGUCUCAGGGUCUUCCUUGCUGCCCUCACUGUCUGCAUCCUCGGACUCAGAGUCUGAACCAGUUUUGCCAGAGCAAGAAACUCCCAGAGAAUAAAUGUAUCCCCAUCUGCCUCUCCUG